AAUAUCACGCCGUGAACGUGUUUUAACCAAUAAGAAAGCUGGAGUUGUGACGCAAGCGCGUGAAUCGUCGCUUGCAGCGGUACUCCACUGGAACGUAAAAUGGCGAGUGAACAAAAUCCCCUGGGGCGGUCGUUCAGUAGGCUGAACAUUGAGAAUUUCCGACAAGAUAUAUAUUCGGGUCAGUCUCUGCUUGAUUCACAUAGUGAGGAAACGUCUAGAAGAGAAACAUCAACCAACUCCGGUAAAAGUAAUCAAACAGAUUUGUCUAUAAUGCUACACAUUAUGGAGAAUAUACCGACCAGAUACGACAUCAAUAGGAAUCCACCGAGAUCCAGUCGGAGUAACAAAGAUAAGCUGACGUGUUCUCAGCAAUCGGUACUCAGUGCUAUCGACCGUUUUGUGAAAGCCGUUAACAACAUGGACGCUACAGUUCUGAUCCCGUCCAGGUUACGAGACAUCGACAUCCACGGGAGUAAGCUGAAUCGCGUGCUUCCUCCCGGAUUGUCUCACACGGAUCUUUACAGUUUCUACAACAUGUUGAAAGACGUAAAGAACGAGCUGUUAUGGGGACCGUCGUCGUCCACUACCACCUCUCUUUUACCGAUAAGCUACCUGACCGCACCUAGAAACAUCUCGCAGUUAAGACAGACAUCGGACGACGGAUUAGGAAGCAGCGGAUCGACAUCGGAUCCAGAAACCGAUAGUGACUUUGAAAGCGUGAUUACGGAUCGGGGUGAAUGUAUGGACGAGCAAACAUCGCAUUUAGCUACAGCCUUCCGGCAUCACUUGCAAGGACUACACGCCAUUUUGCAUCAGCUUGCAGAUUCGGCAGAUUAUUUAACGGCCCGAUAUCAAGAAGAUAUAGAAGCCGUUUGUUCAGGUUUUUAAUUAAGUUGUGACAUUCCUAUCGGGAAAAUUUUUUAUUAAUUAGGAACUAUUUAGUAAACUAAAGAAGUGUACUAUCUAAUCAUUAUUUUAUUAUUAUAAUUAUUAUUAUUAUUAUAUUAUUAUUUUUUUAUCGAAUACGUUGCCUCUUGAUAAUGAUGUUAGGAAUGAUUGACUUUAAACAACUUAAAACUGCAUAGAAUUAAUUUUUUUUUAUAUAAUAGUAAUCAGUUAAGUUACAGUAAAAUGUUUGCCAUUUAAACGACCAAACUAUAUAAUAAUCAUUUUAUAUGUGUAGUCAGUAUAACCGAUAUUUUUAUCAUUUAUAACCUCUUAAUAUUCACAACCAUUUGAAAAGUUUGUAUCGCCUACUGUGAUAAAACAAUUUUUUUAACAGAUUUUUAAAACUGUGACCUGCAGGAACUUUUUUAUUAUGAAGAAAUAUGGGACAAAAUUAAUGGCCUAAAGAAAUUAAAUGCAAAAAUAGUAGGACCGUAAAAGAUAAUGAAAAUUCGUUUUUCUUUUUUUUUCUCUCUACCGGAUAAAAUUUACAUUGUUUUAAUUGUUGGAAUUAUUUUAUCCCGUGUGUCGAAAUAAACAAAUUGACAUCCAUUUUGUGCAGAGGUAAAUUUGUUAGCGUAAAUGGCCUAUAUUAUGGCCGUACGUGUCUGCCGUUGGUAGAGGUAGCCGAGACGGGUUGGCAAAUAUGCAUUGUUAGUUUAAAAAACGAUACCUAGGGUGAACGGAAAAGAUUGACGAUGUAUCGGUGUAAAUACUGUAUAUAAAGCAUAUAUAUCUUACAAUGUUCUAACAAAAAAAUUGAUUAAAAGUGAAGCAGAUGUUUAUUGGCUAUUAAGAUUGUAUGUAAAGUUGUGCCUUCAAUUAAAACUUGUUUUGUAUUUAAAAA